AUGUUUAAGAGCGCUAUAGAACAAGUUCGCAAAACUAACGAUGUCAUUCGUCCCAUUGACGACAAACCAAAAGAAGGUGAGAGAUGGUUAAAGAAAGAUGAAGAGAAUAGGAAGAGGAAUGUUAAGACAGGCAAUAGACUCAUUGACUUUAACAUCGAAGCUUUAGAUGAACCAAACAGAGACUACUUACACAAACAUUUCGGUAAGGUUUUCAUGAGACUCUUAGAGAAGAUUAAAAUAAACUCCCAACAAAGAUGGAUGGUAUGUUAUAAACUUGGUGGAAAGUAUGAAUGUUCUACGUUAAACCUCAAUAAUAUUGGAACAUUACUACAUCAGCUCUUGAAGGAGAACUUUAUAUCAGAGAUAGAAGCAAAUGCUGCAGGUAUUGUUGAAAUGCACUAUGACUUCUUCUUGACAAACAUAAAGAAUCUUACUGAAAUAAAGAUGUAUGAUUUAACAGAAUAUGAAGGCUUAACGAUGUCAGAUGUAAAGAAAGGCAAACCAAAAAAGAGACCAUAUAGAGAUGAAAGCACACUGACAAAUGACCAGAAAGCCAUUUUGGAAGCUCUUAAGCAAACAGGAAACCCAGCACUUAUAGAAAGCUUUUGGAAAGAUAAUGGUGAAAAGAAGUUUUAUAAGAAGAGAAGCGGUCAGUUCUGGAAGUAUCUUUGCACAUUACCUAUAAAUCUUGAACGCUACCAAAUCUUCAAUGAACUGAACAAAAGAACUGCAACACUUAUGAACGAAGAUGAGGAGUACAAAAUUUAA